UCGCAUGACUCGCGCUAACUGUAAAUUAAGCUAAGCGUGCAUUAAACAACAAAAUAGAAUGCUGAAAGCUAGCGGAAUUUAUAGACUUCAAACAUUGAGUGCGUUAUAAAAACACUUUGCUGAAAGGGCAAAAUAUAGAAACGUACGAGUAGUGUAUAACUUAAACACGACACCAAAUCACGAAUUAAACAUAAGCGUUGUCAGCGACUAAAGGUCAACAAUUUUCUAGCGGCUGUGAGGCGAUAAAAGCAGCAUGUGUACAUACAUGUACACAAUACAUGCAUGUGUCUUGUUAAGGAAACCAAAUGAAACAAAAUGAUAAUGAGAAUUAUUUCUGAAUAAAAGGCCGUAAUUGUCAUUAAAAGUGUAUCAACAAUUUGAACAAUGACAUAAAACUAUUGCCCUGCACAAAGAUAUAAAACAAUAAAGCGACAAAGCAUUUAAAAGAAACCACAUUUAAUCAAACAAAAUGCACGUUUACUACAAAUUCGGAUUACUUCUAAUAUUUUUGCUGAGCGUAAGCAUUAGCCACACAGCGCCCGCGGACAAAAGCCAAACAGGCAACAACUCCGACGAUGAUUACGACUAUGAUGAUGAUUAUGUUGACGAGUCGUCGGAUAGAAUACCGCCAGAGAUAGCAGCAAAUCGACAAUUGGAUAAAACGGCCUCAACAACGACAACCACAUUUAGGCCCAUUUUCAGCAUUCCACGACGCAGCAGCCAUGUGCUGGAGCCGAGCUGUCCACGCAAUUGCCUUUGCUUGCAGGAUUUCAGAUAUGUGCAAUGCACCAAUGCACAUCUGACCCAUGUGCCGUUGGAUUUGCCCAAAACGGCGGCAAUUAUUGAUUUGAGCCAUAAUGUUAUUGCCGAGCUGCGUGCCGAGGAUUUUGCCAAUUUGUCCAAAGUACUUGAAAUCAAUUUGAAUCACAAUUUAAUACGACAUCUUGACAAGGAGGCAUUCAAUGGCUUGCAACGUUUGCGUAGCCUGCGCUUGGCCAACAAUCAAUUGACCAAAAUUGAGCCCGAUACAUUUGCGGGCGCCACGGAUCUGGCGCUGCUGGAUUUAAGUAAUAAUAGCAUAGCGCAGCGCACGGAUGGCUCCUUUUUGAAUCAGCCCAGUUUGAAUGAGUUCAGCUGCUCGAAUUGCAGCUGGACCGAGCUGCCGGAGCAGAUAUUCAUGAAUAUGAGCGCACUGAAUGUGCUGCGCUUGGAUCACAACGAAUUCAAACGACAAAUCAAUACGAGAGCUUUCACGCCGCUAAAGAAUAUAAUUAAACUGAAACUGCCCGAACUAGAUCAGCAAAACAUUGAGGAGUUGUGUAAUCUACUAAAAUCCAUUGACAACAUCAGCUUCAGGCACUUUGAUGUUAGCUGCUUCGAGCUGGUGCUGGGCACAUCAUUCAACGAGAGCCUCAUCCAGGCCACAGACACGCCGUUCAAGCGUGUGACGGGGCUGCCCAGCACACCGAAGCCAGCGACGCCAUCGCCGCCGCGUACAGCAGCCAAUCGCAACCGCAACAAAGUGGCCAACGAGACGAUCAGCGUGUCCAAGGCGGGCAUCAUGGCGGGUGACAAAGCCGCAGACAAGGAGGAGCCAUAUCAAGUGCCCAUUUCGCAGGAGACCAUUAACACGCUGCUCAUAUGCAUCAUGGUCGUUGCGAUUGUGGGCAUUAUUGUGGGCUUGAUUUGCCGUAAGGAUGUGGGCGGCAUUAAAACGAAAUGUUGCCGCACUAAGAAACCGGAGCCAAAGGAUCAGAUACAUCCCACUGAGGAAAUACCGCUAAAUAAGCUAGCCUAAGAGACGCACACACUCGCCGCGCUGCCUUCGAAAAAUAAUUCCAAAAACAGUUGACAAUUUUGUUAUGGAAACAGCAGCAUUUGCCAACGGAUACGAGACUUGAACUCUGUUUGAAUUGUAGUUUUACAAAAACGAUUCCCGAAUUGUAGUGGGAGUUUUUAGGUUUAGCUCCAUAGUUUAAGUCACCUAGUCGCUUAGCCCUUGCUUUCAUGGACAUGUAUUUCAUGUAGUUUGCUCGCAUUUCGUAUUUUGGUAGCAAGAACAAAAAUUAUAUAUUCUAUGGUUACGUUUAGAGCACACAUCAUAUCGAUAUUUAUCUUAUAACAAAUUGUUAGCUCUUAGACAUUUUCCUACUCUUAAUAUAGACAUUUUGCCAAUUACACAAUAAAAAU